UUGCAGAGUCUUACAGAAGCAGGACUUAAGGCACACUUAAUGCUUACUCCAGAGCAAGAAUCUGACACCAAAAAACUCAACUUGCUAUUUGGAAGACCUGUGGUGUUACAGAACAGUGAUUUUUGUAUUUUGUACCAAGACAAGUAUGUAAGUGGUUACAGCUAUAAUAUUAGGAUGCCAUUGUGGAGCUCCUACACAAUUGGAAGAAAUGAAUUUUUGUCUGCCUCUCUGAAAAAGAAUUCUUCAUGUUUAUUUAUGGAUGCUCGAGUUCCACCAGGACAAAGUCAGCGAUGUCAGUAUUACCAUGAUCAUCCUUCGCUGAAAUUUGGAUUCUUCUUUCCUGCAAGCCUCAGAAGAACAUCUGAAUCAACUUCUUAUUCAGGACUUACUACUACCAACAUUGGUCCAAUGUAUCCUGCUUUUAAAGUAAUUUGGGAUUAUUUCCAGAAUGUCAUAUUACUAAAAUACGCUUCGGAG